AUGGAUGAUAAAGAAAACGAGAGCUACAGCGCGCAACACAGUGAUGCGGAAGGCGAAGAAAAUUCGGAUCAUGAAGAAGACAGCCAAUACGAAGGAGAAGGAAAAGAAGACGAAGACGAUAUGCAUGAUGUGAAUGGCACUUCAGAGCAUAUAUUUCAUCUUGCUACAGGCACUCGCCUCAAGCUUUGUGAGGCUCAAUUUCAGCUGUCUUUGAUGUUCUGGACGUACCAGUGCCAAGCCGAUGUCAUGUCAUCAUCAACUCUGGUACAUUUCGUUGCAGUUAUAGGGGUGUAUCGCUCCUCUCUUGCCUUUCGUGAUGCAUACAACUCAACACCAAUGCUUGCUGCUCUAAUAUGGGUAGGUCGACUAUUUUUCCUUGAAUAUAGCCUGCCAUUGUACAGCUACGACACCCUCGUCUACGCCUGGCCUGCUCGUGACGCUUACCUGUCUCAACCAACGCCCCUGGAGAAAAUCACAGCCAAGUACAUGUUACAAGGUUGCCAUUCGCCACUUGGCGAGCCAAUCAAGCUAAAGGCGAUGGGCAGGAGUAUUGUUAAGCGCGAAGGGGUACCAGGUAACCUUACAUGGGCUCCAGAUGGCCACUCACUCAUUCACAAUCGGCAACGCCAAGGUGGUGCGGCUGGUUGA